GGUUUCGCGUCGACUCCGAACGAGUCGGAGAGUGGUCGAGCGUGUAGGCGAAGAGGGGCGCCGAAUCUAAACCCGAUAACGAACCAGCUGGUGGCAGUGUCGUCGUGCGACGUUUACGUGGAGGUACGACCUUCGCGAAAAUCCAUUUCCCGGUGGGCCACGGUCGAUGAUACGGCGGGUCGAGUGGCUUGGACCUAGGGAUCCAUCCUCGAGCUGAAGAGGGAUCGAAGGGAGCGCGGUGCAGGAGCGUGCCCCUGCGAGAUCUACGGAUCGGCCCGGCCCGGCCCGGGUACGAACUGCCAAGCCGAAGGGAGGCGAAGGGAAGCGAAGGGAGGGCCGUGCGGCAGGAAUAAGAGAAAAAAAGAAUAGAAAUAAAAACAGAAACAUGCCGUGACCGCGCCUCGGUUGACAUCAGGAUGUACUGUAGAUCCGAGGGAAGAAGUCGUCCGCGGCGAUCGUAGCGCGAACCACACGAUCGCGACGACAAAUGUCGUAGGUACCUGGUUAUCUGUGCUCAGGUGUGUGCGUGUGUGCGUGAAGAGUCGUGUGUGCCUGUGGCGGCGGCUGCUGCUGCUCAUCGUACCUGACCUGACCCAGGCCACCUGGACCAGACCACGAUGACGACGAAGGAGCUGUACGUCAAGGGUGGUAGGGUGUGGGUGCCGCAUCCGGAGAAGGUCUGGGAAGGCGCGGUGCUUCUCGAGGACUACAAAGUGAAGCAGCCAAGCCUAAAAGUUCGGACGAACGACACAAAACAAACGAAGGUUCUGAAGAUCGCGUCGGACAUCGAUCUGCCACCCUUGCGGAACCCGGACAUUCUCAUAGGGGAGAAUAACCUGACGUCCCUGUCGUUCCUUCACGAGCCGGCUGUCCUAUACAAUCUCCAGAUACGUUUCCAGAGGCACUGCAUCUACACUUACUGCGGCAUCGUGCUGGUCGCGUUCAAUCCUUACAACGAGCUUCCAAUCUACGGAAAUGACACGAUCUGGGCGUACAGGGGACAGGCGAUGGGCGACCUUGAGCCCCACAUAUUCGCCGUUGCCGAGGAGGCUUACACGAAACUGGAAAGGGAGGGCCACGAUCAGUCGAUCAUCGUUUCCGGGGAAUCGGGAGCCGGAAAGACGGUAUCCGCCAAGUACACGAUGCGAUAUUUCGCGACGGUGGGUGGUUCGACGACGGAGACACAGGUGGAGAAGAAGGUGCUGGCCUCGUUGCCGAUCAUGGAGGCGAUCGGGAACGCGAAGACAACGAGGAACGACAACUCGUCGAGAUUCGGCAAGUUCAUCGAGAUACAGUUCAACAAGCACUAUCACAUAACCGGGGCCAGUAUGCGGACCUAUCUGCUGGAGAAGUCGCGGGUGGUGUUUCAGGCGAAUGAGGAAAGGAAUUAUCACGUAUUUUACCAAAUGUGCGCAGCCGCGUCUCGCCUACCGCACUUGCAUCUAGGUCAUCAGAAUCAGUUUCACUAUCUGAACCAAGGAAAUAAUCCGUUGAUCGACGGUGUCGACGAUCUGACGUGCUUCGACGAGACGAUCACCGCGCUCACCAUGCUCGGUUUCACGUCUAAACAGCAGGACGACAUGCUGCGCAUUUUAGCGGCCAUCAUUCAUUUAGGCAAUGUUGAUAUCAGAAACACUGACGUGCAGAACGCGAAUGUCAACGACACCGAGGCCAGCUACAUUUCCCCGUCGGACAAGCAUCUCUUGACGAUAUGCGAGCUGUUAGGCACGGACAUGAAGGCGAUGCGAAAGUGGCUGUGCCACCGCAAGAUCGUCUCGAUGAGGGAGGUGUUUCUGAAACCCAUGAACGUGGAUCAGGCGAUCGGCGCCAGGGAUGCCCUCGCGAAACACAUCUACGCGGAGCUGUUCAAUUGGAUCGUGGCCGGCAUCAACAAUUCGUUGCAGUCGCAGAAGAAGCCGCAGUGGUUCAUCGGGGUCCUCGAUAUCUACGGGUUCGAGACGUUCGAGGUGAACUCGUUCGAACAGUUCUGCAUCAAUUACGCGAACGAGAAGCUGCAGCAGCAGUUCAACCAGCACGUGUUCAAGCUGGAGCAGGAGGAGUACCUGCGGGAGGAGAUCGAGUGGACCUUCAUCGACUUCUACGACAAUCAGCCUUGCAUCGAUCUGAUCGAGACGAAGCUGGGCAUCUUAGACCUAUUGGACGAAGAGUGCAGAAUGCCGAAAGGGUCGGACAGUUCCUGGGCGGAGAAGCUCUACGCGAAGUGCGGGAAGUCGAAGCACUUCGAGAAGCCGCGGUUCGGUACUUCCGCUUUCCUCAUCCACCAUUUCGCUGACCUGGUGCAGUACGAGACCAUUGGCUUCCUCGAGAAGAACAGGGACACCGUGAUCGAGGAGCAGGUCGACGCACUCAGGAACGGAGAUAACAAAAUAUUGAAAAAGCUUUUCAGCGAUGAGGACCCAAAGCUAUCCGUGCCGUCUAACAUCAGGCUGAAAAUAUCGGCCCAGAAGCCAGCGCCCGUGACUCCCAAGCAAAACAAGAAAACGGUGGGAUCUCAGUUCAGAGAUUCCUUGAACAUGCUGAUGUCGACAUUGAACGCUACCACGCCGCACUACGUACGCUGUAUCAAGCCGAACGACACGAAGGAGGCUUUCGAGUACAAUCCUGUUCGAGCUGUUCAACAGCUGAGAGCCUGUGGAGUGCUGGAAACCAUCAGGAUAUCUGCUGCUGGGUUCCCCAGUCAGAGGACGUACGGGGAGUUCUUCCUCAGAUACAGGUGUCUGUGCAAGUUCAAGGAGAUAAGACGCGAUGACCUGAAGGAGACCUGCAGGCGUAUUUUGGCGAGAUACAUCAAGGACGAUGACAAAUUCAAGUUCGGCAAGUCGAAGGUGCUCUUCCGGGCCGGCCAGGUUGCCUACCUGGAGAAGCUGCGCGCGGACCGGCAACGGGACGCCUGCAUCAUGAUCCAGAAGACGGUGCGAGGUCUGAUCUGUGGUAACAGGUACAGAAAGAUCCGGCGUGCCGUGCUGGGUCUCCAGAGACACGGCAGAGGCUACAUCGCUAGACAGAAGGCUCAGGCGGUGAGAGAAGAAAGAGCCGCGAUAAAGAUCCAAGCUCGCGUGAAGGGCUGGCUGAAGAGACAGCGGUACCUGAAGAUCAAGCGCACAAUCAUCGGCAUCCAGAAGUACGGCAGAGGCAAGAUGGCGAGGGAGAGGUACAAGAAGAUGAAGGACAACGCCGCUGCGAUCACGAUCCAGCGGUUCUCUCGAGGCUACCUCGUGAGGAUGGCUUGCAAGAAGAAGCUGGAGGACAUCGUGAUCGUGCAGGCCUGCAUCAGGAGGCACCUGGCGAAGAAGGUGUUCAGGAGGCUGAAGGCUGAAGCUAGGAGCGUGGAACACGUGAAGUCGCUGAACAAGGGCCUGGAGAAGAAGAUCAUGACCUUGCAACAGAAGAUCACUGAACUGUCGAAGGAGAACCAGUCGCUGAAGAACGUCCAGAACGAGAUGACGGAGCUGAAACACAAACUGGAGGUCCUGAAGGCCGUGGACGCCGAGAACAAGAAGCUAAACAUCAUCUUGCUGGAGAAGGAGAAGGAAUUGGAGAAGAUGCAGGGGACUAUCAAGGCCGAGAGAGACGAGAAGAUGGACAUCUUGCAGGACAAGGAGAAGAGUAGUCAAGAGAAGGAACUACACAAUAAGAAGCUCGAGGAGGAGCUAGAGAGGCUGAAGAAGGAGCUAUCAGUGGUCACGGAGAGGAUGAAGACCAACCAGCGCGGCGCCGAGGAGAACUUGAAGCAUCGGUUGGAGCAGGAGAAGGACCUGCUGCUGAUGGAUCAGGACCAGGAUCGUGGCGCCUAUCAGAGGUUGCUGAAGGAUUACCACGAUCGGGAACAGUAUGUGGAAACGCUUGAGCAGAAGCUGGCGAUGCACGUUCCGGCUCAUUCCCGAUCCCUCAGCAAUGCCUCCAGUAGCAGCGGACAAAUCGUAUCCACGGAGCUUCCAACGGACGAUCAGAACUUGGACCUGGGUUACGGAUCGGUACGGUCAACAGCAUCCUCUUCAACUCCCUAUUCAAGGGUGGAGACGAUCGACUGGACUCCGCAGCAUUCGGACAGUCCGCCGGACGGAGAGGUACACAAUCAGAAAUCGCCUCCAGAAACAAACGGACCAGCCCACGCACCGGUGGACGUCGGUCUCGUGCUGAAGCUUCAACAAAAGCUGAAGGAUGUGGAGAAGGAGAAGGGAAGGUUGAUCAGGAUGGUCGAGGAUUUGGAGAAAGACGUUCCGGAGGAGACCUCGACGACUCAGGACACGUUCAAG